AUGCGUCCUGUUAUGACUCCACCCCAGACUGCUCAAUUGAGAUGGUCAGCCCCGCCUUCCCCACAUUUUAAGAUUAACUUUGAUGCUGCCAUAUCCACAGCUCAAAGAACCUUUGGCAUUGGAGUAGUGGUCCGAGACCAUGAAGGCUCUUUUAUUGCUGGCCUUGCAAAGAAAUUCGUUGGUUCAGUGAGUGCAGAAAUAGCGGAAGCCCAUGCUGCUAGGGAAGCGGUCUACUUGGCAAGAAAUCUAAUGAUCCCAAGCUUUAUUUUGGAGGGAGAUGCAGCUUCAAUUAUCAAACUCAUUCUUGAUAAGGAAGACAUCCUGUCUGACUUAGGUUUGAUUCUUGAGGAUAUACACUUAGCCUUACUAGAUCAACUUUGUAUUGAUGUUAAAUGGAUACCAAGGGAGGCAAACAAGGUUGCACACAUCUUAGCCAACCGAGCAAAGAAUGCCAUCCUUUAUGAAUCUCUUUGGAAUGCUCCUCCAAAUUUUGUCAAGCAAAUCGUGCUGGACGAUUUCCAACAAUCUCAGUAA